ACAAUUAUUUUGUAUCAAGAAAAACCUGAGGACAUCAGCGCAAUUCGAUAUUUUGCAGCCUUACUUCUCUUUCUUUUUUAAUAAAUGAGAGGAUGAUCCCGACUGUAUCUCAAGGAAAAGUGCACACGUUUGAUGUGUUUUUUGGAUUUUAAGAAGGGUCUCAUCACUCUUCUCCAGUUUUUGCUGUCCAUACAGCCACGACUCGACACGUCCAAAUUCCAUUGUCUCUGGGGGACGGAAUUUAGAGUCGGUGAACUCGAAAGAAGUCGCUCAUUACUCAAUCUUCAUUGCUGUUGUAAAGGAAGAGCAAGUGUAAAACCUCGAACUCAAAGUAUUCAUCAUUAUUUCCAUCCCGUUAUGUAGCUUUUAAGGUUACAAAUCGAUAACGCCAUCUUUCCAGCGAGAGCGGACCGAGAGAUGAAAAACCCUGAUACCCCACCUCCCACCAUUUCUAAACCCCGGUUUGUUCUCUACUACAUCCUACAUCUACAUCUUGGUCCAACUUUUAUAAAAACUUCCAUUGGUUCUGACACUCUUAUAUCCCGUGCCUGUCACAUUUCAACCUUUCGCAAAAUGUCGUCGAAAUGUAAAAUUCACCUCCUAGAUGGAGGUCUUGGCACUACUCUUGGAGACUCCCACCAAGUACAAUUCACAGAAAAGGAACCUCUCUGGUCUUCUCAACUUCUUAUUCCGACACAUCCCCAUGGUCCCAAAACGCUCCUCGCUACUCAAAAGUCCUUCGUGGAUGCCGGUGCUGAUAUUUUACUGACUGCUACUUACCAAGCGAGUUAUGAGGGAUUCGGAGGAUCUGGCUAUGCUGUUCAUUCUCGCUCAUCCUCUGAUUCCAAGAAAGAAGAUGGAGAUAAAGAACAAGUCAACGAGAUUAUGAGGAGCGCGGUAGAUAUCGCUUCCAAUGCAUUUUCUAUCAAAAAAGAUUCCAGUGGCAAAAUUGCACUAAGUCUUGGUGCAUACGGUGCAAUCAUGACCCCAGGACAGGAAUAUACGGGAAAAUAUGAUGAUCAACAUAAAUCAAGCGAACAGUUGAGCUCGUGGCAUUAUGAAAGAAUUUCUGUUUUCGCGAGGGAUCCAAAAUCUUGGGACAGAGUUGAUUAUGUGGCAUUUGAAACCAUUCCGUUAUUGGAGGAGAUUGAGGCUGUAAGGAAAUCUAUGGGAGAAGUAGAGAGAUCGAAUGUUGGGAAGACCAGAAGCAAGCCGUUUUGGAUUGCAUCUGUAUUUCCUGGCGAGGGAAAUGGCUUGCCGGACGGAAGUUCUGUGCAACAAAUUGUGCAAGCAAUGUUGAGCAAAAAAGAUGGUUCCCCAGUACCAUUUGGUAUUGGUCUGAAUUGUACCAAAGUUGGGAAAGUUGAAGCUCUAAUACUGGACUUCGAGCGUGAAGUUAGGUCUUUAAUUGAGAAGGGAGAUAUUAGUGAGUGGCCAUCUUUAGUAGUAUAUCCCGAUGGAACAAUCAAGGGAGAAGUCUACAAUACCUCUACCAAGGUAUGGGAAAUUAGGGAACCACCCGGAGAAGAAGAUUUGCAGUGGGAUGAAGCAGUUCUAGAGAUUAUCAGGAGGACAAGGAACAGAGGUUUGUGGAAGGAAAUUAUUGUGGGAGGUUGCUGCAAAACUACACCAAGGGAAAUUGGGAAGCUGAGAGAGAGGAUCGAUCGGUUGGAUAAGGAAUAAAUCGAAUACAAUAGUGAAAAGAGACCUUAUAUUCUAACCGCCCGUUCAAAUCCUUCCACAUCUCAGUCUUUUAGAGCCUGACAAGAUUGCAACCAUUAUCGCAGCCACACCCUACCUGUUCUAUGUCACCCAUCAAGUGCUUUAACGCAAACUCAUCAACCGUCAGCAUUCUCGUUUACUUGGUUUUCUUCCAUUUCUUCAAGAUCUAGUCUUUUAAAACGCUCAUCAUAACGUCACUCCAAAUCGCGAUUUUUACGAUCUCUAACUCACAAUCCAAUCUCUCAUCCAAUUUGGCUCGUAAGUACAUGUCAUUCUGUCUUGCCUGACACUUGGUGUCUGACUCCACCUCUGUGGAGGUGGUCUUUCAAGACCAUAACUCCUUCGUCGCCUUCUCCGUUCGUAAUACCCUCGCACCAAAUGUCCAGCCUGGUUUGUCUACGAUUCCUCAAAGACGUCGCGAGCUGGGCUUAAUUGGAGUAUUGAACACUUGCGGUCUAACCGAGGACAAUUGGUAGUACUUCGCACUGAAAAGUCCUCUGGGCGCUGUCAUUAGUGACGACGACACGGAAUCUCAGCAGGAGGUGAAGGUGUUCCGUCAACAGUUUAGCUUCGAUCACAUCGAGAUGGUCAUCAGUCAGAUUACCAAAACAGGAGCGAGGAAAGACUAGGUGACUAAAAUAAGGCGUGAUUUUAAAGCCUCCGAGUUCCAUAUGAUUUACAUCACAGGCCAGGGAACCAGUUUCAUAUCUCGCACUUUUGACACAUGCAAUCUAGAUUCUUUAACGGUGAGGUGCUAGCACCAAGAGCAAGGCCGAAAAAGCCAAGACGGCAAGCGGGACGGACAGAAGAAGCUGGACACGGGACCUAAAAUGUUGCAACCAACAAUUGCAAUGUCUUUGCCACGGCUCUC